AUGUCGUUCAACACUCAAAGCUCGACAACCACCAACAGCACUGGCCAGCAACCAGGCCUUCAAAGCUCAUACUGGAGGGCAGAAAAGCCCUCGUAUAGCCCAUACCAAGCCGGGGACGCCUUUGUCAACCCUCUUAUGCUGUCAAGCCCACAGCACAAGACCUCGGAGCCCUCUCCAGACUUUGCCUCUCUAUUGGCCUCCGCCGCUGCCGCAGCCCAAACCCAGCUGGCCACGACGGACAACAUCGAUAUUGACAUCGAUGGCCACAUCUACAGCGAUGGCCACACCAGCAGCGACGACAACAUGAGCGACGUCGGCGGCGACGAGAGCACGGGCGCCACGGCCAUGCCCGACACGAUCGACGAGCUGGCCACGUAUUCGGACGACGUGGUCGGGGCGCACGCGGGGCUGCUCCCCUACCUCGCCGGCCGGUACACCAACCCGGGUCUGUACCUGCAGCUGGCCCGGGUAGCGUUCCUGAGGCAGGGGAGGGAGCGACCGCAGGUGGAGUGGCCCAGGGUCGAGAUAGAGGCGGAGACGCCGGUCGUGGUGGAGCGCAGGCGGGGGCAGUCGCUGGGGGCGAUCCUGAUGCGGCACAAGCUCUCGUUGCUGGAGGAGCAGCUGGCGCGGCUGGGGCAGCAGCAGCUACCUCAAGAACAAGAACAGGAGCUUGGUGGGGGGCAAGACACGGAGGCUGGUUUUUGGGAUGGGCAAGAGUACCAAGAAGACCAAGUGUCUGGUUUUAGAGUGGACGAGGAUGGCGACGUGGAAAUGGAGGAUGCUUGGCCGUAG